AUGGCUCGUCAACCCUCCCUCGACUCUGAGCGUCCCAUCAUGGCUCAAUCGAACCGAAACUCAAAGCGAUUCUCUACCGUCAGUGGAAGCCCCUCGCUGGCUUCCUCUGAUUUACCCAGCGGCGAUCCCAGAAUCGCUGACAUCUCCCACCUCCACGAAGGCUUUGAGCGCCUCGAGAACAAGCCUCUCAACAAACAGCGAUUUAUCCCCACGGAGGAGAAGUCAAACAACCUAAACAAACUCGCUCUUGGGGCUAAGGUCGAGCGCGCUCUGGGUCGGAGGAUGACUAGCCAAGACGCUGUCAUGCGCAAGCCUCUUUCUGAGAAGACUGAGGCGCGUGCUGACUAG